UUUAACUACAUGUUAAUUAGUUUGGAUAAAACUGCCAGCAUUGCAUGAUAUCUCUCUCUCAGUCUCUCCCUAUUUAGCCAUGAAUGACUCAUUCUACCCAUCACUCGCUCUCCGUUUUCAAAGGAUAUUACUAAAUCUCAUUCUCUCUAUCUUCACACAUUUUUCUUAUUGGUUUAUUGAUAUUGGUUCAUUUCUUUGAGAAAUUCUAUACACUUAUUGGAGGAGGAUACAAAACAAACACAUUGAUAUUGGAAGAGAAUUUGAACGUUUCUAAAGAAGCAAAGAUGUUAGGAAUUUUCAACAAAAAUGUGGUGAAUCCACCUCAAGAGCUUAAUUGUCCAGCUCCAUUGAAUUCAUCCAAUAAACCUAAACUUCCUGAUGAAAUCCUUCAACAUUUCAUAUCAUUCGAUCCUUCCCAUGCUUUCUCCGUCAACUUUGGAAAGGAUGCUGUUCUAGGUUAUUCUCCUUCAAACAACCAUCAAGGGAUGUUUUGUGGUUUGGAUAACAUAUAUUGUGCUUUCAUGGGGGGCUUGAACAACCUGAGUAACCUGAUAAAGCAAUAUGGGCUAUCAAAGGGAACAAAUGAGGCCAAUUUCAUCAUUGAAGCCUAUAGGACACUUCGUGACAGAGGUCCAUAUCCUGCUGAUCAAGUCAUCAAGGAACUUGAUGGUAGUUUUGGAUUUAUCAUCUUUGAUAACAAAGCUGAAACAGUUUUUGUUGCUUCAGAUCGUAAUGGACAGAUUGAGCUUUUCUGGGGUAUUGCAGCGGAUGGUUCGGUAGUUAUUUCUGAGAAUGUGGAGCUUGUUAAAGCAAGUUGUGCUAAGUCAUUUGCACCAUUCCCAUCUGGGUGCAUGUUUCACAGUGAGCAUGGUCUAACAAGUUAUGAGCAUCCAAUGAAGAAAAUGAAGUCAAUGCCACGUGUUGAUAGUGAAGGCGCUAUGUGUGGGGCCAACUUUUCUGUUGACUCUCAAUCAAAGAAGUCAACGAUGCCACGUAAUGGAAGCGAAGCAAAUUGGGCCACAUGGGGCUCACAAGUUUGAUUCAUCUCAUUAUCCUAUCGACCUUUUGUCUUCUUUUUGAAAUAAAAAUUUUAAUCUACCUUAGUUUGAAAACAAAAUUCAAGAUACCCUAUUUAAGAAGAGGUUACAACAACCCCAUGUGUUUUCUUUAGAAAAGUCUCAUGCCCUUCUUCAGCUGAUCAGUUUUUUUUUUUUAUUGAUUUUCAGAAUUAGGGUAUGUGAGACAAAAAGUCUAUCAUAUCAUCAAAAAUUUGUAUAAACCAUUUCUUUUUCUUUUUAAUUCUAAGAGAGGACAAUGCUUUGUUAUUUUAUUAUCAGUUCUUUCGAGGUUUUCUUUUAUUAUCAGUUCUACUCUGUAUAUAUUAUAAUAAUAAUAAUAAGUUUAAAUUUGGAA